GGCCUGGGCCUCCACAGCCCAGCAACCUCCUCAGAUCCAUUCUCUGCGCUGCCAGCUCAGGACACUGGUGAAGGAGCAGUGAGGAACCUGCAGAGUCACACCGUUGUUGACCAAGCGAGCUGUGAGCCUGGAGCAGAUCCGUGGGCUGCAGACCCCAGCCCCAGUGCCUAUCCCCCUGCAGUCCUGCCACUCGAACUGUGACAUGGAGAGAGUGACCCUGGCCCUUCUCCUACUGGCAGGCCUGACUGCCUUGGAAGCCAAUGACCCAUUUGCCAAUGAAGAUGAUCCCUUCUACUAUGACUGGAAAAACCUGCAGCUGAGCGGACUGAUCUGCGGAGGGCUCCUGGCCAUUGCUGGGAUCGUGGCAGUUCUGAGUAGCAAAUGCAAAUGCAAGAGCAGCCAGAAGCAGCACAGUCCCGUACUUGGGAAAACUAUCCCACUCAUCACUCCAGGCUCUACCACUACCUGCUGAGCAUAGGACCGGCCUCCAGGGAUGGCCUGAAGCCUAACACUGGCCCCCAGCGCCUCCUCCCCUGGGAGGCCUUAUCCUCAAAGAAGGACUUCUUUCCAAGGGCAGGCUGUUAGGCCCCUUUCCAAUCAGGAGGCUUUUUUUCUGAAUUAAACUCGCCCCACCACCCCUUC